AUGUCUAACCAGCCAUACUAUCCUCCGUAUGAUCAGUCUGAAUCAUCCCAAGGCCACCAAUCUUCACGCUCCAACUACCCUCAGCAGGCCUAUAACCAGUACAGCCAGUCGCCUUAUGGCCAUAUGGGCUACGCCGACAUGUCCCAGUCGGGACAGCGUUAUUCUCAGACUAUGCAGUAUCCUCAGGACUCGGUUGAUGGUGGACAGUAUAUAAACCAGGAUGGUUAUGCGGUCCCGUCGUUCUCCCCGACAGCCGCUACUUUUGCUCAGUCUCACUCCUAUGGCCCACCGGCUAGCGCCGAUGCAAUGACCUAUCGUCGUCGAUACGAACCAACCAGUGCUUUACCCUCAGAACCCAGAAAUCCUAUGCCUCGCCAUCCGAGUGGCGAGGUACCUAUGGCGUCUGUUCAUGAAGCACGGGAGUUUGUACCAGUCCCCUCACAGCCCUUUUACGAAUCCAAUGCUCCCGUUUCCCGACCUACUUCUGGUCGAAGCCCUAAUAUUGGACAGUCUACUUCGGCUCUUGCUCUGGAAAGGCCAUACGUCUGCGACAUUUGCCAAACUCGAUUUGCAAGGCACCAUGACUGCCGGCGUCACCGAGAAACCCACGUGGUGAAUGCCUCUGGGGAGAAACCCCACCAUUGCGUUGUGUGCGGAAAGUCUUUCACACGAAAGGAUGCGCUGAAACGGCACACAAAUCAAAAAGGCUGUGAUAUCAAUGCGGCUUCUGCUAGUACACCUGCGCGAUCUUCCCGCUCGUCAUCUUCAUCAUCUCCACAACAAGUACCCGCGACAUUCUAUCCCGUCAGUAACCUUCCUCAGAUGUCCGGCUCCGGCCAUCGCUAUUGA